AUGGGGCUCUCACCCCCAACCCGCCAGACACGCCGGCGCCUGACAGCUCACGGCACUGUCCCUCUUCGGAAAGUGCCCUGUGCCCACGGACUCGACCGCGCCCAGGGUUCCGCCCCUGCUUCCCUGAGGCCAGGCUGUGACUGGUCCCCGCAGGGGCACAAGAGCCCCGCGCCUUUGUCCACACUCGGCCAGCUCGGCAGGGUGGCCCCCGCUCCAGAGCCGCUGACGGGGCUCGCGGAGGCCUCUGCUGAGAUGGGUGCGGCGGCCGGCCCUCCUGCCGCCCAGGCCUGGCGCCGGUCCUGA